AGGAGGGGCAGGCGCAGAUUGGUUUCGAGUUGGCCCAGUCAGCGUUCCGUCGAGUCCUAUCAUGCCAUCGCCGAUCGUCGCCGCCACGUCGUCGGGCCUCCCCGAGCCCUUCGUCAACGGAAGCAUCACGUACCUCGUCCUCACGCUCAUCGCGAUGGCCAUCGGCAUCUUCGCCCGCGUCUCGGGCAAGGUCGACAAGGAGAACGCGUCCAUCUUUGUCCUCUUCUCGGGCAUGACGGGCGUCUGCCUAUGGAUGUUCUGGGCCUGCUGCUGGAUGCACCAAUGGCACGUGCUCAUCUACCCCACGUACAUCAACGAGUAGGCGCGCCAGCGCUCCCAGCCAUGCUUUCGCCAAGCGCUCUCCUCUUACGCUGUCUUCCGAAGCUACGCCCCAUGAAUAAACUAUGCCCCUUGCACGACGUCCUA